CCAGGCUUCCUCCUCUCCUUCACGUCAGAGGCAGGAACUGACUGUGCUAGGGCUGUUGGCUUAACACGCAGAGACGGAGAAAGAGGGGCAGACACAGAGAGAGUAAGAGAAGAGGGGUCCUCCCUGACCCAAGGAAUUACCACUAGUGGAGUAAAGCCACCUGACUUUUUGCUCUUAUUAUGGUUACCUCCUCUUUCUCCUUCCACUCCUAGCCCUGACAGCUUGGGUUUCAUUUCUUUGCUGGAGCCUCCUCUCUUCUCCCAGGAAAGGAGGAACGGAAGAGAAAGGAGAGAGGUGGUUUCUCUAGGUGAGCGCAUCAGCUGGCUCCAGCCCCAAGAGAAGAGAAUUCUCUUCGCAGGAAGCUCCUCUCGCUCCCCUGCCGCCCACCCCCAACCCGGGCGGCUAUAUCAUCUUAACUGCCUAGAGGGCAGGUCUCUUUUGGAGUUAGGAUUAAAGAACGUGGUGGAAGAGAGAAAACAACGAGGACAUCAUCACUAAAGAUUCCCACAACUCCAUGCUGUGUGCUGCAGGCUGGUCUUGAACCCAGGGCUCUGGCUAAGAGCAUGGGGGCAGACAGGGAAACCAUGGUCCUGAAGAACAUGCUCAUUGGUGUCAACCUGAUCCUUCUGGGCUCCAUCGUCAAGCCAUCAGAGUGUCAGCUGGAAGUCACCACGGAAAGGGUCCAGAGGCAGGCAGUGGAGGAGGAAGGCAACAUGGCCAACUACAACACAUCCAGCAAAGAUCAGCCCAUGGUCUUCAACCAUGUGUACAACAUUAACGUGCCCCUGGACAGCCUCUGCUCCUCAGGGCUGGAGGCCUCUGCUGAGCAGGAGGUGAAUGCCGAAGACGAGUCUCUGGCUGAGUACACGGGCCAGACCUCAGAUCACGAGAGCCAGGUCACCUUCACCCACAGGAUCAACCUCCCCAGAAAGGCCUGCCCUUGUGCCAGCUCAGCGCAGGUGUUGCAGGAGCUGCUGAGCCGGAUUGAGAUGCUGGAGAGGGAAGUGUCAGUGCUGCGGGACCAGUGCAAUGCCAACUGCUGCCAAGAAAGUGCUGCCACAGGACAACUGGACUAUAUUCCUCACUGCAGUGGCCACGGUAACUUUAGCUUCGAGUCCUGUGGCUGCAUCUGCAACGAAGGCUGGUUUGGCAAGAACUGCUCGGAGCCCUACUGCCCCCUGGGCUGCUCCAGCCGGGGUGUGUGUGUGGAUGGCCAGUGCAUCUGUGACAGUGAAUACAGCGGGGAUGAUUGCUCUGAGCUCCGCUGCCCAAUGGACUGCAGCUCCCGGGGGCUCUGUGUGGACGGGGAGUGUGUCUGUGAAGAGGCCUACACAGGCGAGGACUGCAGCGAGCUGAGAUGCCCCGGGGACUGCUCGGGGAAGGGGAGAUGUGCCAACGGUACCUGCUUAUGCCAGGAGGGCUACGUUGGUGAGGACUGCGGCCAGAGGCGGUGUCUGAAUGCCUGCAGUGGGCGAGGACACUGCCAGGAGGGGCUCUGCUUCUGUGAAGAGGGCUACCAAGGCCCUGACUGCUCUGCAGUUGCCCCUCCAGAGGACUUGCGAGUGGCUGGUAUCAGCGACAGGUCCAUUGAGCUGGAAUGGGACGGGCCGAUGGCAGUGACGGAAUAUGUGAUCUCUUACCAGCCGAUGACCCGGGGGGGCCUCCAGCUCCAGCAGCGGGUGCCUGGAGAUUGGAGUGGUGUCACCAUCACAGAGCUGGAGCCAGGUCUCACCUACAACAUCAGCGUCUACGCUGUCAUUAGCAACAUCCUCAGCCUUCCCAUCACUGCCAAGGUGGCCACCCAUCUCUCCACGCCUCAAGGGCUACAGUUCAAGACUAUCACAGAAACCACCGUGGAGGUGCAGUGGGAGCCCUUUUCAUUCUCCUUCGAUGGGUGGGAGAUCAGCUUCAUUCCAAAGAACAAUGAAGGAGGGGUGAUUGCUCAGCUCCCCAGUGAUGUUACAUCCUUCAACCAGACGGGUCUGAAGCCUGGGGAGGAAUACAUUGUCAAUGUGGUGGCUCUGAAAGAGCAAGCCCGGAGCCCCCCUACCUCGGCCAGCGUCUCCACUGUCAUUGAUGGGCCCACGCAGAUCCUGGUUCGAGAUGUCUCCGACACCGUGGCUUUUGUGGAGUGGACCCCACCUCGAGCCAAAGUCGAUUUCAUUCUCUUGAAAUAUGGCUUAGUGGGUGGGGAAGGUGGGAAGACCACCUUCCGGCUGCAACCCCCUCUGAGCCAAUACUCAGUGCAGGCCCUGAGGCCUGGUUCUCCCUACGAGGUGUCGGUCAGUGCAGUCCGAGGGACCAAUGAGAGCGAUCCCACGACCACCCGGUUUACAACAGAGAUUGAUGCCCCUAAGAACUUGCGAGUUGGUUCUCGCACAGCAACCAGCCUUGACCUCGAGUGGGACAACAGCGAGGCAGAGGUCCAGGAGUACAAGGUUGUGUACAGCACCCUGGCGGGUGAACAGUACCAUGAGCUCCUGGUCCCCAAGAGCACUGGUCCAACCACCAGAGCCACUCUCACAGAUCUGGUGCCUGGCACUGAGUAUGGGGUUGGAAUAUCUGCCAUCAUGAACUCACAGCAGAGUGUACCAGCUACCAUGAAUGCCAGGACUGAACUUGACAGUCCCCGAGACCUCAUGGUGACAGCCUCCUCAGAGACCUCCAUCUCCCUCAUCUGGACCAAGGCCAAUGGCCCCAUUGAUCACUACCGAAUUACAUUUACCCCAUCCUCUGGGAUCGCCUCCGAAGUCACUGUGCCCAAGGACAAGACCUCGUACACACUGACAAACCUAGAACCCGGGGCAGAGUACAUCAUAUCGAUCACCGCUGAGAGGGGCCGGCAGCAGAGUUUGGAGUCCACGGUGGAUGCCUUCACAGGUUUCCGCCCCAUCUCCCAUUUGCACUUUUCUCACGUGACCUCCUCCAGCGUGAACAUCACCUGGAGUGACCCAUCCCCUCCAGCAGACAGACUCAUUCUGAACUACAGCCCCCGGGAUGAAGAGGAAGAGAUACUAGAGGUCUCCCUGGAUGCCACCAAGAGGCAUGCUGUCCUGAUGGGCCUGCAGCCAGCCACUGAGUACAUUGUGAACCUGGUGGCUGUCCAUGGCACGGUGACCUCUGAGCCAAUUGUGGGCUCCAUCACCACAGGAAUUGACCCCCCAAAAGACAUCACAAUUAGCAAUGUGACCAAGGACUCAUUGAUGGUCUCCUGGAGCCCUCCUGUUGCAUCUUUUGAUUACUACCGGGUAUCAUAUCGGCCCACACAAGUGGGACGGCUGGACAGCUCUGUAGUGCCCAACACUGUGACAGAAUUCACCAUCACCAGACUGUACCCAGCUACUGAAUACGAAAUCAGCCUCAACAGCGUGCGGGGCAGGGAGGAGAGUGAGCGCAUCUGCACUCUCGUGCACACAGCCAUGGACAAUCCUGUAGAUCUGAUUGCUACCAAUAUCACUCCAACAGAAGCCCUGCUGCAGUGGAAGGCGCCCGUGGGUGAAGUGGAGAACUACGUUAUUGUUCUCACACACUUUGCAGUUGCUGGAGAGACCAUCCUGGUUGAUGGAGUCAAUGAGGAAUUUCAGCUUGUUGACCUACUUCCUUGUACCCACUACACUGUCACCAUGUAUGCCACCAGUGGGCCUCUCACCAGUGGCACCAUCAGCACGAACUUCUCCACCCUCCUCGACCCUCCUGUAAACCUGACGGCCAGUGAAGUCACCAGACAGAGUGCCCUCAUCUCCUGGCAGCCUCCCAGGGCAGAGAUUGAGAACUACGUCUUGACCUACAAGUCCACCGAUGGAAGCCGGAAGGAGCUGAUUGUGGAUGCAGAGGACACAUGGAUCCGAUUGGAGGGGCUGUUGGAGAACACAGACUACACCGUGCUCCUGCAGGCGGCCCAGGACACCAUGCGGAGCAGCAUCACCUCGACCACCUUCAUCACAGGGGGCCGGGUGUUCCCUCAUCCUCAAGACUGUGCCCAGCAUUUGAUGAAUGGAGACACUCUGAGUGGGGUUUACACCAUCUUCCUCAACGGGGAGCUCAGCCAGAAGUUACAGGUGUACUGCGACAUGACCACUGAUGGAGGUGGCUGGAUUGUAUUUCAGAGACGGCAGAAUGGCCAAACUGAUUUUUUCCGGAAAUGGGCUGAUUACCGGGCUGGCUUUGGGAACCUGGAGGAUGAGUUUUGGCUGGGGCUGGACAACAUCCACAGGAUCACAUCCCAGGGCCGCUAUGAGCUUCGUGUGGAUAUGAGGGAUGGCCAGGAGGCCGCCUUUGCCUCCUACGACAAGUUCUCAGUCGAGGACAGCAGGAGUCUGUACAAACUCCGCAUAGGCAGCUACAACGGCACUGCGGGGGACUCCCUCAGCUAUCAUCAGGGACGCCCUUUCUCCACAGAGGACAGAGACAAUGAUGUUGCAGUUACCAACUGCGCCAUGUCGUACAAGGGGGCUUGGUGGUAUAAGAACUGCCACCGGACCAACCUCAACGGGAAAUAUGGAGAGUCCAGGCACAGUCAGGGGAUCAACUGGUACCACUGGAAAGGCCACGAGUUCUCCAUCCCCUUUGUGGAAAUGAAGAUGCGCCCCUAUAAUCACCGUGUCAUGGCGGGGAGGAAACGGCGGUCCUUACAGUUCUGAGCAGAGGGGAGGACCCCAAGCCAACCAACCAUUUCUGUCAUUUAUUUGUACUUUAUAAUAUGAAACAAAGUGGGGGGUAUUAUUAAUGCGCUUUGCAACAUAUUAAGGGUAUUUCGAAGGAAGCAGGGAUGUAGCAGAGAUCAGUGAAUAGUAAUUGCUCACAGUUUCUGCUGUCCCAGGGCCUGACCCUUGGUUUCCAUUCUCCCUCCUACCUAGCCAUCCUUAACCUUCUUCUCCUUUCUCAGCAAAGAGGAAAAGUGGGAAGUUUUCUGAAAAGCUCAAUUCCAGGACGAGUCCUGGAGUCACAGAAAUGUCGCCUUCUUUUCCAGCUCGCCUUCUGAGAUUCCCUUCACCUUCCAGGCAUUUGUGAUCUGGUCAAUGCCUUCCAUGGCCAGGUUCUCACACCAGCCCAGAAAAGAAGCCUGAGGCAAGAGAGCUCUGCCAACAACUACCCUUAGGAGGAAACACAUCAAUCAUGCCCUUUCUCAACAACCCA